AUGGAGACUGGCGGCCUAAUAGAAGAAGCCGCACAGCUGUGCGUCGAGCGCUUCACCCAGUGCCUUAAAGUCCCAGCACUCAUGGAAAAUGAGUGGGCUGAGAACCGACUUGCUGAUAUGAAAUUAUGGAUAUCGGGUACUGGAGCCUGCGCCCGAGGACGAGCUGCCUUGGACUCAAGAUUAGCCUCGAGGCCUGAAGCUCGCGAUGUGAUCGCCAAUUUAUUGCACCUGCUUGGUACUGUGAUUGACGAUUGCCGGAUGCAGAGUCAAACAAAUGAACUUUCCCACAGUUAUCAAGGUCAGGAAGACUCUGCUUCUUCUGCGGACGAAGGCCAAGGCCGGGCAUUUUCUCCAUGGUCCGACGAUUCCAGCUGUGAUGACCAGUCGAAAGACGCUUACAAUGUGAAAGCUUCGUCGGGAAAUCCGUUGCGAGAGUCAAUGUAUAACGUCGAGUCGAUGCAAGAUCAACUUGCCCGCAUUGCGGUUGCCGUUCGUCGCUCUGGGAGGCGUUCACGGUUGCAAAAGGCCGAUCAGCGGUUUAACGCAACAGAACACCAGGAACUGGAGGGCCACCUGCUCGGAAUGUUGCUCACUCAACUAAAGUGGCACCCCGGAGAACGAGACUCAUCGAAAUUGAACGAGGUACAACUGCGACUGAUACAUUGUAACUUGAAGCGUCGGAAUCGCUUUUUGUAUGCACAACAACAUUCUAGGGGUCUGGAUGCUGGCUCCAUACGACGUACAAGCUACAAGCAGAGCAAGCAAGCUGGAUGGGCACAGGAAGAGAUAAUCGGAGGAAAGCCGGAUUUGAAGCCCUCAAAUGAUGGACCAAAUCACGCCAAUAACACAACCAUCACUGGAACCAGUGCAUCUAAAGUGUCCGAUAACUUCAAGUUACAACCCGAUCGUGUUGCACUCGCCGCAUCUUCAAUCAUUUCGACCACGGCAAUCGACCUAGAUUAUCCCCGCCCCCCUCGAUUCGACGAUGAUGCGCAUCUCUUUCGAAAACAUAUCACAGAUGACUUGAGUCCUUACACCUGUAUCUUGGCCGGCUGCGAUCAACCUGAUGUCCUUUUCAGUACAAAGGAAACUUGGAAACAGCACAUGCUGAACGAUCAUAGCAGCGCGACAUAUUGGAUUUGCUUUGCAUGUGGCGAUGGGUCACAAUUCAAUGACAAGCAAGCCUUUUUGCAGCACCUGAAGUCCAAGCAUGCAGCGACUAUUCCACCAGACCAGAUUUCGGUCCUCGUUGAGUUGUCUAAGAAGACUACACCAGCAGAAAUCCCACGCUGCCCACUGUGCAACUGGCCAGAGGAAGAGGGGGCUAACAGUGAUGAGAGGAUUCACGACAGCUCCGAAAAGGUUUAUAGUUGGCUGAUCCAGAAUGAAAUUCAGGCGAAGCACAGUAUAGAACGACCUUCGCGCGAGAAGAGGAUCUGGCACUCUGAGUAUUUUCAGCAAAAUGCCUACUUUGCUGGAAGCUCAAAAGCGUCGUCUUCGAGUGAGCCUGAUUCUGAUAGGUCGAGAGAGAACGAACUGGAGGAACUAAGAAGGGCGGGAGAAUCGAUCGUCCAUGAAACUGGAGAGGCUGCUGAGCUGGCAUCUCAAGGAAAACAAGCUGAAGAAGAUAUAGAACCCGUUCCUGGAGACUCGGAGGGCUACACUGUGGGCUGGAUAUGCGCCAUAGCCACCGAGUAUAUUGCUGCCCAAGCAUUUCUCGAUGAACGGCAUCUUGGCCCCACUCAUCUGCCGCCUGACAACCAAAACGCUUACACCUUGGGCAGAAUUGGGAAACAUAACGUGGUUAUCUCUGUUAUGCCUAUGGGGGAGUAUGGCAGCUCCUCGGCAGCACGCGUGGUGGUAGAUAUGUUGCAUAGCUUCCCCAAUAUCUGCCUCGCCCUGAUGGUUGGCAUUGGGGGCGGUGCACCCAGCCCAAAACACGAUAUCCGUUUGGGUGAUAUUGUCGUCGGCAUUCCUCAUAACGGCCGAAGCGGUGUCAUUCAGUAUGACUUUGGUCAUACGAUACGGAGCCACAUCAUCCGGGUCAUUAGUUCUCUCAACCAGCCACCUACUACCCUACGUGCUGCAGUAACCGGGCUCGCAGCUCAAUACGAGAGGGAAGGCCAUCAGCUUGACCUAACAGUUAGUAAGAUCCUUGAGCAGAAUCCCCGGCUACGAAAAAGAUAUGGGCGCCCAGACUGCGAGAGUGAUCGGCUUUACCAAAGUCACAUUAUCCAUGUCUCAGAUGGUGAAUCACCAUGCAUAUCGAAAUGUGGAGAUGAUCCAUCCUGUUUAGUUUCACGUAUUCCACGCACCGAGGACGAUGACAAUCCCGCAAUACAUUACGGGCUUAUAGUAUCGGCCAAUCAGCUUAUGAAAGAUGCCUUGAUUCGAGACAAAAUGGCGGCGGAAGAGCACAUUCUAUGUUUUGAAACGGGAGCGGCGGGGCUUAUGAAUCACUUCCCUUGCCUCGUGAUCCGUGGCAUCUGCGACUACGCUGAUUCGCACAAGAAUAAAAGCUGGCAGGGGUAUGCGGCAAUGGAGGCAAAGAUUGCCGACACUCUCAGGGAAGGAAAUCACCGUAAAAAAGUCACAUUUGGAGGUCACAACUCUGGCAUACAAUUUGGUGUGAAUACUGGUACGAUCAGCGGAUUGAACUUUGAGGCCAAGUAA